AUGGGGAAGGUUGAGAAGGCAGAUAUUCGGGUAGCAGAGUAUUUGAAAUUAGCUGGAAGAGAAAACUGGGCUAGAGUGUAUGCAUCUAUUAACCGAGGAUGGACCAUGACUUCGAACAUAGCAAAGUGUAUUACUCGUCACCUUGUAGCGGCUAGAGAACUUCCUAUAUUUGAUUUUCUCGAAGAAGUUAGGAAGAUGUUUGGGAGAUGGAAUUACAAUAACCGGAGGAACGGUACAUACACAUUCACAACACUGUCUAAAAAGUUCCAGAAGAUGCUGUCAACAAAUGAGAUUCCAUGUUUACGUAUGACGGUAGAACCAUCAACCGAAUACGUGUACACGGUCCAUGAUGGAGGAAGACGUUUCAUUGUUUGCUUGAAAAACAAAACUUGCAGUUGUCGGAUGUUUCAAAUAGAUGAAAUUCCUUGCCCACAUGCAUGGGCUGUCUUAAAGAAGAAAAAUCUAAAGGCUGAUGAUUAUUGCUCAGAAUUGUUCAAAUCGCGCAACCGUGGUGAAAACAUAUUAGAUACCUGUGGAUCCUCUCCUCGGCGAGCAUGA